UGUCGCCAGUUUCCGUUUUAGUCUGGCGCUUGUAGCACACACGACGCGCGUAUUUUCGCCUUUUCUCCUCGUUCGUAUCGUCGUUUUCAAACAAUCGCGCGCGCUUUUCAUUUUCCAGCGAAUAUCGGUCUGCUCCUGGCCGCUUUAGGUUGAGAAGAUGGAAGAGGAGCUUCGCUGUUUCGCCUGUAAGCAGUUCUUUAACAAUCCGGUGCUGUUACCCUGCUACCACGGGAUCUGCCUGCAUUGCGCCCUCAACCUGCAACAGCCCGCCACCAACAGCAGCAGUAAUAACAGUGGUAACAACAGCCAUCAAGCAAUCACGUCAACGGUCAAUAAUGUCGUAAAUGAGAACGCGGAAAGUGUCGCCUCCGGAUCCUCCGGGGAUUACCAGGAGUCUGACAAAUUAUCCAUUCUAAGCGAAACCGAUAGUGGAGUAGUGUGCACUUCCAGACCCAACUCCUACGUGGGUACUCCCAAUGGGGGAGUGUUGUACCCCAGCGCUCUGAGUCUCGCGUGUCCUAUUUGCAAUAAAGUCGUUUAUUUCGACGAUAACGGAGCCCACAACUUGCCGAAGUAUCGAGUCAUGCAAAGUAUCGUAGACCGAUAUGGCGAAUUGAAAAACCUCACUUUAAAAUGUCAGAUGUGCGAGCAGGAACCUGCCAAGGAUGCGACUGUCAUGUGUGAACAAUGUGAAGUACUUUAUUGCGAUUCUUGUAGAGAAUCCUGUCAUCCGGCGAGAGGUCCUUUGGCCAAACAUGUGUUAAGUGAACCGAAACGCGGCGGGACUAGUACCAAUAAGUCCAAGGAUGGCAAAUGUCCCGAACAUGCUGAGGAAAUGUUAAACAUGUACUGCUUGGUAUGCAAAAUUAGUGUAUGUGCUUUGUGUCUCAUGGAUACCAGACAUACAAGUCACGAUGUGCAGAGUUUGGUUGUUAUGUGUAAAGCGCAAAAGGUAAAUUCGCUUAGCCUUCCACCAUCUUGAAUACCUAGUUCUCCAUUAGACAGUAAGUAGAAUGAAAAUAGUGAAUUGAAUAAAACAAGGCGUAUGUCGAGCAAAAAGCCAAAAGCGAGGUCUCUUAUGAAAAGAAAAUUGAAUAAAAUUAUGGCAUAAGAAAGGUUACUUUCGCAUCAGUUUUAUAAAAUAUUAUUGUAGGAGUGCUAAAAUAUAUUUAAACAUUUUUUGCUCAAUAUCUACUUUAAUGGAUAUCUUUGAACAUUUCAUCGAGCAACACGGCCACUCCCCUAUUAUUAAACUUAAAAUGUUUGUUGAAAAAAAAAAAAAA